CUGAGCAGUGCUCUAUAAGCGUACUCCAAAAUACUGCCACCCCUGUGUUCAUAGUUGUUUAGAGUAUUCUGCUCUGCGAAAAAUAACAGGAUUCCAAACUCUUGAACUCUAAAGACAAUUAGGCUACUACGUCAAACUCUACUUGACAAACAUGGGAGUGUAGGCAUUGAUUGUAAUUUUAAUAACAUUUGAACGUUUACCGAUUGAUCUGUUUUUUUUUUUACAUUUACAAUAGAGGAUCACGAAUGCCCGGACAUAGCUAUAGCUACGUAUACGUUCCUACCACUGGAUUACAUGAUUGUGUGAACUUUUUUGAAGUUCAAGAUGCAAUUCCGAACUGUCACUGAAGUAAACGUUGUUGAUGUGCAAAAGAGACGGAAUCCCUCCAAACAUUAUGUGUACCUCAUCAACGUCACAUAUUCUGACUCCACUUCGCAUGUUAUCUACAGGAGAUACAGUGCAUUUUUUGAUCUCCAGAUGCAGAUCCUGGACAAGUUCCCAGUGGAGGGAGGGCAAAAGGACCCCAAAAAGAGAAUAAUUCCCUUCUUACCAGGUAAAGUUCUAUUUCGGCGAAGUCAAGUCAGGGACGUGGCUGUAAAACGGCUGAAGCAUAUUGAUGACUACUGCAGAGCCUUGAUGAGGCUUCCUAAUCAGAUCUCCCAGUGUGAGGAGGUGCUGAGUUUCUUUGAAACCCAGGCCGAGGACCUUAACCCCCCGAAAGAGGACUAUGGAGGAUCAACCAAACGCAAGUCAGGUUUGGAUGGUGCAGAUCCCAUGCUGCUGGAGCAGUACAUGGUUGUGGCCAACUAUGAGAAGCAGGAGCCGGCGGAAAUCAGCCUGAAGGCCGGUGAACUUGUGGAUGUCAUCGAUAAGAGCGAGAGCGGCUGGUGGUUUGUCAGUACAGCAGAGGAACAGGGUUGGGUCCCUGCCACUUACUUGAACACCCACAGCAACACACAAGACGACCUGGAUCUGGGCGCCUCUAAGUCCGGGGAAGUCACUAAGCGACGUAAGGCCCACCUGAAGAGGCUGGACCGGAGAUGGACCCUGGGGGGGACGGUCAGCAGGCAACAUAGCCGAGAGGAAAAGUACAUGACGUUGCAGCCAUACACCAGCGAGGGGAAGGAUGAGAUUGCCUUUGAGAAAGGAGUCCUUGUGGAGGUCAUUCAGAAGAACUUGGAGGGCUGGUGGUUCAUUAGGUACCAGGAUAAGGAGGGCUGGGCUCCGGCGUCCUACCUGAAGAAGGUCAAGGAGGACUUCUCUCCCCGUAGUAAUAAUAACAAGACCCCAUUGACUAGCCCUGUGGAGAUAAUUGGCAACAUCAUGGAGAUCAGUAACCUGCUCAACAAGAAAGCUCUUAGUGAAAAAGACAUGCAAACUGACAGUCAGACUGGGGAAACCCCCCUGAUGACCCCCUCGCUGGUCAAGAGGCAGAUCAGUCUGCCCAUUCCCUGCUCUAGCUUGGACUUCAGCUCUGGUGCGGCCUUGGUGGAUGGAAAGGGAAAAGCUGAACCAGCCUCUCCAGCCAUAGCCCGCAUCGCCCCACACAGAAUAGAGAUUGGCUCCCCGAUCCUCAGACAAAAACCACCUCCUCGAAUAGAUGCCACUCUGGGAUUCAGUUUACCUUCACCACCUGAUCCCCCUACGGUUGAAGCAGAGUACUAUACCAUUGCCGAGUUCCAGUCCGUUAUUUCAGAUGGCAUCAGUUUUAAUGGAGGGCAGAAAGCAGACGUGAUUGAGAAGAACUCUGGUGGCUGGUGGUAUGUCCAGAUUGGGGAGAAAGAGGGCUGGGCUCCCUGCUCCUACAUAGACAAAAGAAAGAAACCCAACCUAAACCGCAGAACCAGCACUCUGAGCCGGCCCAAAGUCCCACCCCCAGCCCCACCAAUCAAGAAGCAGGACUCUGAGGAGACCGCACCUCCCAGCAGCCCUGGGUCCGAAGCUCCAGAGUCCCCUGUAUCUUCAGAGAGGCCUGUGUAUGAGGAACCAGAAUAUGACAUUCCUGCCAUUGGGUUUGAUCUAGAGUCAGAUUUUGAGUUCCUCAGGACAGAUGAGUCCUCAGUGGAUGGGAAGAACGAGGAGGGUUCCUCAGAAAAGGGCUCUCAUCUGUCGUCCAAGCCACUUCCUGCCCCUUCCUUCCACAGCUCAUCCUUCAAGAGGUAUGGGUCAUCUGAGGAUUUGGGGCAGGAAGUGGAGGAGCCUGAAGGAGAACAGUGUAUCUAUGAAAAUGAUGGCUUCAGUCCUUUAAGAGAGAUACCUGUUGCCCAAUCCAUUGGUGAAUCCGCAAAGAUAACCACCCUGUUGGAGACUAGCAAGGCUGAAAACGCUCAUUGCACAUUGGGGGCAAGGAAAAAAGGGAAGAAGAUCCAGCAUGAGCUGAACAGAAGUCAUUCCCAAUCUCCAAUUAAAUCAGAGACAACAGCAUUCAGUUUCAAACCUGCCUCCACAGAGUCCACCCCGAAGCAGUUAAAACUGAAGGACAAAGAGGAACCCAAAAUGGGCAACAUCAAGAUAUCCACGAAACCUAAGCCAGUUGUCAGACCUAAGCCCCAACUAGCUAAAGCCUCCAGUGCAGAGAAGAUGGAUAUCAGCAGCCUUAGGAGACAAUUGCGGCCUACAGGGCAGCUAAAGAAGGCCUCCAGAGGAGAAGACUUUGAAACCGCCUCUGUUAUCUCUUCUGAGGACUCUGUGUCAUCUCACAGCACCUCCGACCUCUCCUCCAUCUAUUCUAAAGGCAGCCGGGGAGACUCAGAUGAGGGCAGUUGCUUCUACCGCACAACAGACGCCUAUGUAAAAGUCCAAGACUCAGAAAUGAGCUUCCCUGCCAGAGUGGAAGUAGAGGUGCUUGAGAAACAGGAAAGUGGCUGGUGGUAUGUCCGUUGGGGCAACACAGAGGGCUGGGUUCCAACCUACUACCUGGAGCCUGUCAGGCAGUUGGAGGACACAGCUGGCUCAGAGUCCGAUGGUACCCCCACCAAGCCAGGAAGUCUGAGCAAGUCAAACAGCCUGGAGAAGAAUGAGCAAAGGGUCCAAGCCCUAAACAACAUCAACCAGAGCCUAAAGAAGAGCACACCGCCCAUCCUUUCCAAGCCCACAGGGGUGCUCUCCAAGUCCUUUGGCCUGUUUAAUGGCUUACACAAGCAAAAGAAUGUUACAAAACAGCAGCAGGUUGUCAGGCCCCAGUCUGUCUUCAUCUCUGGGCCGAUCAUCGAUGGGCCAAACCCAGUUGGCUCCCUUAGGAGGGGCGAGUCAUUCAACUCCACCGACCACCCACGUUCUAGUCCCACCGUGCGCCGGAAUGCUUCCUUUGGUACUCCCCCACGGCGCCCAGCACCUAACAGCAAAAUGCCAAGCCAGAAAAUAUCUGUCAUGGGCAGCUCUGAAUCACUGGGCCAGGGGUUUCCAUGGAAUGGUCUUCCAGUUUCCAAUGUGAAAGUCAAAUCCCAACUCAUCCACAACAACUUAAGGGAGGUGUAUGUCUCCAUAGCAGAUUACCAUGGAGAUGAGGAAACCAUGGGAUUCCCUGAGGGAACAUGUCUUGAGGUUUUAGACAGAAACCCUAAUGGGUGGUGGUACUGCCAGAUCCUGGAUGGAGGGCAACCUCGGAAAGGCUGGGUCCCCUCAAACUACCUUGAAAGGAAGAACUAUUGAUGUGCAAAGUUCAGUGAGUGUGCAAUCAGAACAGAAACCUUGGAGAACAGUGUUAAUUAAAAACAAUUUAAAGAUGAAAAUCAGAAGAGACAAUGUACGUAUAAUUUAAGUGAUAUUUUUUAUAAACUAUUGGUGCCCAAACAUUUCUUUUCUUUAGAUAAUAAAGUGAAAAAUAGACUUCAAUGUGCAAUUUGGAGCCAGGAUUUUUGGCUAACAGUCAGCCGAAGGUCAACAGUAUUGAACUGAAGAAUACAAAUAAAAGUAGUAGAUUAAAUGUGCUUUUUAAUGGGACUUGAACACCAGUGUCGGAGCUUUGAACAGCUUAUGCUGAUAAUGAUCAUUUAUUACAGUGAGAUGUGUUUACAAUAUGAUUAAAUAACAGUUUUAAUGAUUUCUAAUGGGCAAAACAAUAUAAACGUCUAAUAACAUUUCAUCAUAAAAACAUUUCUAUGAUUUUUUUAUGAUUUUUCCUUUUGAAUCUUUUUGCAUGUUUCUAUGUUGACGAAGUCUGGGGCCGUUAAAAUGUCAGUUUUUCAAACCUAACAUGUAACAUUUCAUCUGCAGAAUGUCUUUUGCAUGUUUUUUGGUCACAUUUUUGUAAAGCUUAAUGUAUAUUGAGCGUACUAUGGUUUUAUAUAGCCUUAUGUGCAGUGUAAGGGGAAAUUCAUUUGAAAGGUAACUCAUUACAUUACAAAGUUAAUACCUUUUAAAAGUCAUCUCUUAUGUUAAAACUUUACACAAGAUGGAAAUUAAAUUGUUAUAUGCUUAUGCUAGUACUUCUGCAUUAUAAAAAAACAGACAAGCCUCUGAGGAUUCCAGGUUAUGCACGUUGGUCAUCAGUGCGCAACUAGUACUGAUUGGUCUAAUCAGUACUAGGGCGCACUAUUUUUGAAAAACUAGCCUACGGUCAGUAAUCGACCCUGGGUUACAAUAGACAAAUUAGUGCACAUGCCCAAUUCAGCAAUUCAAGUAAAAAUGACAUAGGGUGUUGAAAAUCUGCUUACAUUUUUUUUUUUAUUAUUGUAUUGAAUUAUUUGUAUGUGAGUCGAUACAAUAAACUGACUAGGCAUAGUAAAAGGUGGACAAAAGUACAAGGAAAACUGUACUGUGUUUCACACAUGAACUGGGCAUGGAGACUCUUCACUAUAAAGGUAUACCAUCAAAAGUUUCAUAAAUGUCAAUUCAGAACAUCUGACAGUGGUGUUGUUUGCUUGCCACACAACAAAUGAGGGACUCCUGCCAGUAGUAUGUUGUCUAGGUUUGCAGGUUAACAGCAGCCCUUUUAUGUAUUAGUUCAGAAUUAUGUGAAUACCCUUUCAAUAAAUUAUCAAAUGAAGGAAAACGUAUCGAUCAACUUCAACUAUUUCUACAUUCAAUACUUACAUUAUAUUGUCCAGAAACAAUUUGUCUAGUCUUCUUACUGCUGAGAGCUCUAGAUAUUUAAAACACAUUUAGUAGUGGGGCUUCCCUGCUACUGCCACUGCCUUUCUUCACACUGACAGAGAAUUUGUAGGCAAACGUUCCCACAAAACGACCAAACAUCUAUUCUGACCUAAUUGAAUCAUCAGUCAAUUUAUCAGUAUUAAUUGUUCAUCCAGCAUUCAGGAUUUACACCACCCAGUUUAUAAUUAAGUGUAUGCUUCUAGAAUCAAUUUCUCAAUAGCAUUCACUGAAACGGACAAUAAAUUGCUUCCAAGAUUGCAAACUGUAGUUUAAAUGUAGAUCUUUGAAUGUUUCAUGACUUUCUUGUCUUAUACUGUAACAUUAAAUACAUGUCCUCCCUAUCUUACAAGUGUAUUUCUGCUCUAUCUUGUGACAAAAUAUGGAGUGAUAAUUAAGCAUUUACAUGCUCUCUUGAUUCUUCAAAUAAGUACAUUUGGAUGUUUCUGUCAAUUCUAAGACUUCCUUUAGUUCUUGACAAAUCAUAUUUCUUUAGCCAAAAUAAAUAACUUACAGUAAAUAUUUGUUUCAAAAUUGAAUUUGAUAAUAGUUUUUACCUUAACCUUUCAAGGAGUCAAAAGGUUUUAUGUGAGGAGCGCUUAUGCAAUUUCUUUAUUCCAUUUUAAGUUUUAGGACCAUGUCCAGUUAUAUAGUGCUGAGAAACAUCAGAGAAAUUCCAUGAAAAAAAAAAAGAAGUGUGAAAGGCAAAUUGUGUUUUAGCAUAUUUCCAUCCAACCAUUCAAAAAUGUUGUGUCUUGUUGAAUUCAUCCCAAGAUGAAGGAACAGUUAUUUGAGUAAUAUUGGGAUUGAGUCUUUCCAGUUGCUUUCACAACAGAACUCCAUUGAUCUGUAAAAUAUCCAUUGAAAUGUUAUUACAGUGUAUAUAAAAGUCUACACACCCCUGUGAAAAUGUCAGGUUUUUGUGA